GCAGGGGCAGCGCGGGAAACCCGAGCUCCCCGGGAACGGUUCCCGCUAACAGCUAACAUUAUUCCUAAUCGAGGGCCGGGCUCCCUCUCUGGAAGGCGGGUGGCGGUAGCCCUCCUUAGGGCGGGACUCGGCCCGGCUCGUCUGUUGCUGCGGAGGCAGAGCCCAGGGCUUCUCCGCCACAGAAGACUCCGAAGCCUCGCUGCAGAGGCCUGUUAGCAGAAUGCUCCGAGCAGAACUGCCCUGAAGUUUUUAGGAGUCCCUAGAGAACUGCACUGAGAGCCGUUUCCCCACAUCCGUAUCAUGUAGCUUAAAGAUGGAUGCUACCAAAGAAGCUCAGCCUACAGGAGAGUUCAAAUGUCAGCUAUGUGGCUUAACAGCUCCAUAUACGUACUAUGGGCAGAAGCCACCAAACACACGCUCUAUUGUGCUUUUGGAAGAAAGCUAUGUCAUGAAGGAUCCUUUCACCCCUGACAAGGACAAAUUCCUCAUCCUCGGGUCUCAUUGCAGUUUGUGUAGCAGAUCAGUGUGCGUUGGUACAGAAUGUAGUCUGUUCUACUCCAAAAGGUUCUGCCUCCCCUGUGUGAAUGAAAACCUAAAGGCCUUUCCUUUGGAAAUACAAGAAGAUAUGGAUAAAAGGAAGCCUCAACAAAAAUCCUUCCCCUGUAAAAAAACAGAUACACGAACAUAAAUACUGAAGGACCAAGAGAGACAGUUCUUUGGCUGGGACUUCUCCUCUCUCCUUUUGGAGACUAUCAUGUUGCUCCUUUUAAAGAAGUGACCUUCAUUAGCUCAGUACUACAGAACACAGUAACACAUUUCUUUACAAUUGGCUCGGCUUCAAACAUCAUCAUGCAGCGAUUGCAAUGCCAGCAGUAUGGCCUUAAGGUGUUGAAGAGCCAGAAAGAAAGGCAGACAAGCCUGUUGUCACCACAUAAAACACAUGUAGGAAAAAACUAAACAGCAUAUAGCAUAGGAACCAUGUCCAAAUUUUCACAUUUGUUAUUUUAAUGUUUUGUGGUGUUCUUGACAGUCCUACAGUGUUAUGAAAAAUCCGAGACAGAUUUAUCUGGCUUAAUUCAGUAUACAUCCAAGAAAGUCAGUAUACACCAAUUAUUAACCUGACAGUGCUGCCCUGAUAAGAUUACAGGAAGGAAUUCAAAGCUUUACUUUUAAGUCUAAAAUAAAACUGUUAUGAGAAAAUGUCAGAGAUACCCAUAGAAAUAUCUAGAUUCUUCAAGAUUAUGAUCUCAAUACUGUCACUGCAUUAAGACUUCUGAAGGUAGGUGCUCUUGUAACAAAAUACCAA